GGACGAAAGAAGUCGCCUAAUUCUUUCGAUCGAAUUAGGCGCCUUCUUCGUCCCACGCUCCGUCUUUAUUUGUAAUCUGAAGCUUACAGGAACAUUUGAGUGGAUCAUGGACGGAUUGGUAGGCCUCUUGAAAGUCCGGGUGGUGAGGGGCAUCAACCUUGCCUACCGCGACGCAAGAGGCAGCGAUCCGUAUGUCGUCCUACGACUUGGCAAGAAGAAACUUAAGACGAGCGUGAAGAAGAGAUCUGUGAACCCCAUCUGGCACGAGGAGCUAACUCUGACCGUCACAGAUCCCAGCCUAGCUCUGAAGCUGGAGGUGUUCGACAAGGACACGUUCAGCAGGGACGACCCGAUGGGGGACGCGGAGAUCGACGUGGCGCCGCUGGUGGAGGCGGCGAACGCGAGCCCGGAGGCGAGCCUGAGGAACGGCGCCAUCAUCCUGUCGGUGCGGCCGAGCGCCACGAACUGCCUCGCCGACGAGAGCCACGUGUGCUGGAGGAACGGCAAGUUCGCGCAGGACAUGAUCCUCCGCCUCAGGAACGUGGAGAGCGGGGAGAUUCAGCUGCAGCUGCAGUGGGUCAGCAUCCCUCCUGCUGCAGCCAGCAGGUGAAGGAAGGAAGAACAGGCGACACGAAGCAAUCGCAUUUUCACCUCUUGUGAAUGUCGGAUUGUAAACUUAAUGGGGUCUGGGUCAGUCAGGGUAGUUCAUGUGUUGCCUAUUAAUGUACAGUUGGGGACAGCAUGAAAUCCAAGCCAAGUCACUCAAGUGUUGUAGG